UGUGGAGUACAAAGUGUUUGGUUGGGAAACCUCGGAGUUUACCUUCUAGUCGGCCCUUUCAAACCAAACACUGACGGGAAAGACUGAGCACAUACCUGUGGAAUACCAGUGUUGGUCCAUCGUGCGGUUACAAGGUUUCCGUGACGAUUGAUGAGUCCAUCGGCUUCUACUUAAGAGUCCGACUUGAGACUAGGACCCUCACUCGGGCUGUUUUGAAGCGGUCGCCAUGGUGGCUUGAAAGCCGUACGCUGUCCCACGGUGUCAGAAGCCUCUCGAACCCGUAGCCAUGUCACCCAUCUUGGCGUUGAUGAUGCUAGCCGUAGAGUUAGCUCACGGACGAAGAUUUGCGCUUCCGUCGUUGCCUAUGAAGGAUGGCUGCUUGACGGUGGCACCCGAGUUGGAGCUCUUUCAUUUGGAGAGAGAGGCGGUAAGCGUGUCUUUUCCCAUCUUCCUGAGGGCCCUCCAUGUUCGCCACAUCACACCGCCGGACGCCGACUUCCGCAUUGCCAAGGGCAACCUCACCCACGACAGCGACGAAGGCCGAGUCCGACGCCUCGGCUUGGAUUUGUGGCUCCUUCCAGCUCAGCCGUCUGACUCGGGCGAGUACACAUGCACCUUCAGGAACGCCACAUACUGCAUCCGCGGCAGCGUGACGUUGCGGGUGUACGCCAAGUCGGCAGUGGACGUGGACAACCUGUCGUUCGAGUACGACGCCAUGCUGGGAGAAAACGUCACGCUCAAUUGUCCCAUUAGGAAACACUGCUCCCACACACAUGUCCAAUGGUUCAAGGGUGCUGUCACCCUCCAGUCCCACAGAUGGCACUCCUCCGGGAGAGAUGCGAGAAAACUGUGGAUCCCAGAGGUGCAGCAUUCCGACGGCGGGUUGUACACAUGCCGACUGAGCAUGCUGGUGGAGCGCAGCGAGUUCCCACUCACUCGCACCAUCCGACUCCUCAUCACAGAACCCCAGUUAGCCACAAUGCCGCCACUGAUCAUCUCGCCAUCUAACGGGAGCGUCCACCAGGCCUCACACGGUUCAGGUCUGGAGGUUAAGUGCACGGUGCUGACGUCAUGCCAGUCCAGUCCCUGGACAGUUGUGUGGUGGUCUGUGGACGGCGUCCAGGUAGACGCGUCACGCCUCCACGGACGAUCUCUGCAGACCGGGAGAAGGGAAACCCGGGUGGCUCUGGGUUGCCAGGUGGAAGUGGGGCUGGUCAUCAUGUCAAUGACAGAAGAAGAGGAAGGGGCGGCGCUAACGUGUGUCACUCAAAAUCAGGAUGGGAGACGGGAAGUGAUUGUCACGCUCCACGUAGAGGACUCGAGCAUGACGUGGCUCGUGGUGGCCUGUGUGUCCAUUUCCUGUUUCCUGGCGGUGCUCUCCAUCUUCCUCUACGCUUUGCUCAUCAAGCCCAAACUCAAGAAGAACACCAAGAAGAACGCCGAUUACUUUCUAGCGCGCCAGGACAGUGUCUGCUAGUGGAUGUUGCACUACUUCCUUUGGGCAACAGGUGGCAGCAGCACCCACAACACUCUCUUGACAACCCACCAGAUUUGAAAGUUGACUCUCACGUGCACACAUUUAUUGCAGAUUUUCUCUCAUAUUUCACGUUUUCAGGCUAAAUAAAACCAACAAAUGCAAAGUCA